UUUUUCUUAUUGCAAGGCUACCCAUUUUAAUUUGGAAUUUGAUAUGCAGUUAUAAAAAAAUCUGAAAUAGGGGGUAGUACAAAAAGGUUGCAUGUUGCAGGGAAAUUGCAUGUUUUUCACAGAAGAGACCUCAACCUUAAGGAUGAAGGGAGUAACAGUAAUUCUUCUGACUGCAGUCCUUGCGUUGGGACGAUGUGAGCACCACGAACAUACACUAGAGAAUGUGGCCUUGAAAGGAAAGGCUGUUCAAUCUUCAACAUAUGGCAGUGCUUAUGCUAGGAGGGCUAUUGAUGGAAACCGCGAUGGUGACUACUAUCAUGGAUCCUGUAGCCAUACUGAGGGUGAAACUAACCCCUGGUGGAGAGUGGACCUGCUGGGUGUGCACAGAGUAUCCUCAGUGAUCAUCUCUAACAGAGGGGACGGCUUCUCUGAGCGACUCAAUGAUGCUGAGAUUCACAUUGGGAACUCCCUGGAGAACAAUGGCAAUGACAACCCAACGUGUGCUGUGAUCUCAACCAUUCCACCAAGGGAACCCGUCAGUUUUAAUUGCAGUGGGAUGGUGGGUCGCUACAUCUACGUUCUUCUCCGAGGAUACACCCAAUUCCUGACUCUGUGUGAAGUGGAAGUCUAUGCGAGUCCUGCAGAAGACAUCGGAAUAGCUUCCACCUUGGGACCCAGUAUAACACAAAAAGGGAAUGUUGCUUUGCGGAAAAAGGCGCGUCAGUCAUCAUCCAUCUCUCGGGGCCAGGCUAGCAAGGCCGUUGAUGGAAAACGCAACACUUGGUUCCGAAUGGGAUCUUGCACUCAGACCCGCACUGAAGCUGACCCCUGGUGGAGAGUGGACCUGGAGAAAGCCUAUAAUGUCACCUCUGUAACCAUCACCAGCAGAGAUGACUGCUGCGCAGAGAUGAUUGAUGGAGCUGAGCUCCGAAUUGGAGAUUCCUUGGAAAACAACGGCAACAACAAUCCAAUAUGUACUGUGAUGUCCUCUGUUCCUGCAUGGGAGACCUUGACCUUUCAGUGUCAUGGGAUGAUGGGACGUUAUGUCAACAUCUUCCUCCCUGGCUGCGAUAAAUACCUGACUCUAUGUGAAGUGGAAGUCCAUGCAGAACCUGAUCCUGUCUCCCUGCCAGAAGUCACGACAGACGGUCCACCAUUGGUUACUGAACCAGACUCAUCAGAAGAAUUUGAAGAAAUCCUGUCAUUCGCCUUUGACUUCAUGCAAUCCAUUCAACAAUUAUUUGGCACAAUAUAUCCCGACUCUACCCAAGCAACUGAACACCUGAAAGAAAAUGUACUCUUGGCAUUCGCUGAAGAGGAUGAAGUCACACGAGACAGACAAUGUACUGUGAGUAGGACAGUUCAAGAGAACCGUGCUACUGGUGGCCAAGCUACCCAAUCAACGCGGUGGGACGAUUUUGGUGAUGCAACCAAUGCCAUCGACAGGAAUCGCCAAGGAGUGUAUUUAAAGGGGUCCUGCAGCCACACAAAAGGUGAAACAAACCCCUGGUGGAGAGUGGAUCUGCUGAAAUCGUACAACAUUACUUCUGUGGCCGUUUCUAACCGAGAAGACUGCUGUUCUGAGAGGAUCAAUGGAGCUGAGAUUCAUGUCGGAGACUCACUGGAAAACAAUGGCAAUGAUAAUCCAGUGUGUGCUGUGAUUCCCUACAUCCCAUCAGGGCAAACCAGAACCUAUCAGUGCAAUGGGAUGGUGGGACGCUACGUCAGCAUUCUUCUCCCUGGGAAAUCAAAAUACCUGACUCUGUGUGAGGUGGAGGUGAACGGCAAUGCGAUUGAUAAUGGGCAGCAGUGGGAUGGGACCUUCAGCCAACCCGAGGGCUUCAUUACACGCCUGGCAGAAUCCUCUGAUCGCCAGAAGGGGGUAGUACAAAAAGGUUGCAUGUUGCAGGGAAAUUGCAUGUUUUUCACAGAAGAGACCUCAACCUUAAGGAUGAAGGGAGUAACAGUAAUUCUUCUGACUGCAGUCCUUGCGUUGGGACGAUGUGAGCACCACGAACAUACACUAGAGAAUGUGGCCUUGAAAGGAAAGGCUGUUCAAUCUUCAACAUAUGGCAGUGCUUAUGCUAGGAGGGCUAUUAAUGGAAACCGCGAUGGUGACUACUAUCAUGGAUCCUGUAGCCAUACUGAGGGUGAAACUAACCCCUGGUGGAGAGUGGACCUGCUGGGUGUGCACAGAGUAUCCUCAGUGAUCAUCUCUAACAGAGGGGACGGCUUCUCUGAGCGACUCAAUGAUGCUGAGAUUCACAUUGGGAACUCCCUGGAGAACAAUGGCAAUGACAACCCAACGUGUGCUGUGAUCUCAACCAUUCCACCAUGGGAACCCGUCAGUUUUAAUUGCAGUGGGAUGGUGGGUCGCUACAUCAACGUUCUUCUCCGAGGAUACACCCAAUUCCUGACUCUGUGUGAAGUGGAAGUCUAUGCGAGUCCUGCAGAAAUCACCGGAAUAGCUUCCACUUUGGGACCCAGUAUAACACAAAAAGGGAAUGUUGCUUUGCGGAAAAAGGCGCGUCAGUCAUCAUCCAUCUCUCGGGGCCAGGCUAGCAAGGCCGUUGAUGGAAAACGCAACACUUGGUUCCGAAUGGGAUCUUGCACUCAGACCCGCACUGAAGCUGACCCCUGGUGGAGAGUGGACCUGGAGAAAGCCUAUAAUGUCACCUCUGUAACCAUCACCAGCAGAGAUGACUGCUGCGCAGAGAUGAUUGAUGGAGCUGAGCUCCGAAUUGGAGAUUCCUUGGAAAACAACGGCAACAACAAUCCAAUAUGUACUGUGAUUUCCUCUGUUCCUGCAUGGGAGACCUUGACCUUUCAGUGUCAUGGGAUGAUGGGACGUUACGUCAACAUCUUCCUCCCUGGCUGCGAUAAAUACCUGACUCUGUGUGAAGUGGAAGUCCAUGCAGAACCUGAUCCUGUCUCCCUGCCAGAAGUCAAGACAGACUGUCCACCAUUGGUUACUGAACCAGACUCAUCAGAAGAAUUUGAAGAAAUCCUGUCAUUCGCCUUUGACUUCAUGCAAUCCAUUCAACAAUUAUUUGGCACAAUAUAUCCCGACUCUACCCAAGCAACUGAAUACCUGAAAGAAAAUGUACUCUUGGCGUUCGCUGAAGAGGAUGAAGUCACACGAGACAGACAAUGUACUGCGAGUAGGACAGUUCAAGAGAACCUUGCUACUGGUGGCCAAACUACCCAAUCAACGCGGUGGGACAGUUUCGGUAAUGCAACCAAUGCCAUCGACAGGAAUCGCCAAGGAGUGUAUUUAAAGGGGUCCUGCAGCCACACAAAAGGUGAAACAAACCCCUGGUGGAGAGUGGAUCUGCUGAAAUCGUCCAGCAUUACUUCUGUGGCCGUUUCUAACCGAGAGGACUGCUGUUCUGAGAGGAUCAAUGGAGCUGAGAUUCAUGUCGGAGACUCACUGGAAAACAAUGGCAAUGAUAAUCCAGUGUGUGCUGUGAUUCCCUACAUCCCAUCAGGGCAAACCAGAACCUAUCAGUGCAAUGGGAUGGUGGGACGCUACGUCAGCAUUCUUCUCCCUGGGAAAUCAAAAUACCUGACUCUGUGUGAGGUGGAGGUGAACGGCAAUGCGAUUGAUAAUGAAUGACCAGGUUUGUCUCACUGGUGCCUGGGCAAGAAACCCUCGAGACUGCUCUGUCGUAACCAACACACUGGAGAACUGUUCAGAUAAUGAAGAACUGUUUCUGGGAGAGCUGUCUCUCCAUGGCUUCCAAUAAAAUUUUGCAACA